AUGGGGAGCCACUGCAAUUUGCAUUAUGAUAUUACCAUGUCCAAGAGAACCAGGAAGCCACUGAAUCUCCAAGAAACAAAGUGGGAUAUCAGUCCUCUGAAAGGCAUUGCUCAUAUUUUCGAUCAAAGCUCCCCAAGAAAAGGUGAUCAUCAAGGCAGUGAUCGUAAAAGCUUGAAGCAACUCAUCAAGGGGGACGAAAACGAGAUGAUGAGCACAUCUCUGGAAGAGAAACAGCUUCAGCUGGUUAAGAAACACCGACACGAUGAUGGAUUGAAGCUGAAAGGAAUUAUGAGUCGCUAUGCCAAAGUUUUGUGCCAUUUUGUCAAAAUCAAGCCUGUAGGGUCCAGGAAAAAGCCUCUUCUACGAAUACCAAUGUAG